AGCUCGGCUUGUUUUCUGCAGCCGUCAGUCCGACACGGUGAGCUCCUCCGGGACCGUCUGAGCGGGAAGAACUGGUCUUUGCAGAUGAAAAACGGAGCUAAAAGAGCCUUAGGAUUUAAAAAAAGGGAAUAAAUAAACAAAUAAAUAAAGACAUUUGAAGCGCGUGAAGAUGCUUAAAGCGGGAACAGAUCCAAUGGUUGAUCAGCUGCUAGUCGUUUAAUAUUUACCUGAGUUUGAUCUUGAAAACAGCGUGAAUUUACUUUAUUAGUUUCAUUUAUUAUUUUUAACGCAUCUUGGAUUCGAGCCGAAACCACAAACUGUGGAUCCAGAAGACUGAAGAGUUGAAACCAGAGCCGAACCAGACGGAGAGAUGACCCUGGUUUUAUCAAUGAAUCCUGUCCUGGACUCAGAGGGAGACCCUCCCCCCAUCUGGGCGUCAGAACGCUGCAGGAAGACGUGCCUGUCCAACCCGGACCCGGCGUGCAGCUCGGAGCAGCAGUUCGCACAAGAACCUCCCUGUAGAAGAGUUCCUGAUCAUGUUUCAGUGUCAAAGAUCACAUAUUUCAAGAGGAAGUUUGUUGAUGACGAUGAAGAAUCUCACUUCAGCUUCAGGACUUAUUGUCAGACUGUCGCUCCGGUUCUGGAGGAGCGGGCCCAUGUGCUGCGCCUCUCUCUGGAGAAGAUGCGGUUCAUCGACGACCCCGAAGCCUUCCUGCGCCGCUCUGUCCUCGUCAACAACCUCCUGCGGCGUCUGCGCGCGGAGAUCCUGCUGCAGAGCUCCGACUGGUGCUUCCCGCCCAGCCCGGCCUUCGCCGGCGGCCCCUGCAUCCUGCCCCCCGCCGCCGGCCCCGCCCACAGAGCGAUGCCCGCCAGGAUCUGCUUAGCGACGCCCCAAGCCGGUCCGCCUCUCCGCAAGCGUUUCCGAAUGGUCCACGGCACUCAGGGGGAUUUCCGUCCCGACUGCUGCUGCGUCUACGCGGCGGCGGCCGCUGCGGGACACUACCUCCACCUGCCGUUCUCCGUGUACGACUCCACCCUCUCCACCUGCCCGGCCACGCCCCACGCCUCGUUCUUUCAGCUCGCCAGCCACGGGAAGUUAGGCCUGACUGUCGCUGUUGGAAACCACGAGGAAGAGGAGGAGGAGGAGGAGGAAGAUGCUGAGGAGGAGGAGCAAAAUGAGGAUGUAGAAGACGACUAUGAACGAAGACAAGAGGGUCUUUCAGUUGAUGCCGAGGACAAGUUAAACCAGAAAACCAGGACUAAGACUUUGUUUGGUCACAAACACUUGAGGACAGAGGGCAGCGGCGUAGCAGGAAGUGCAGAGGAAGAGCAGGAGGAGGAAGAGGAGCAG